UUGACAUCUGGCUGCAGCUGUCCGCAGCUGUCCGCGCGCACCUAUCCAUCCAGGCAGGACGCGCAGUCGCUGCCCGGUCACAGCUGCUGCCCAGAGGCUGGAAGCCAGCGACAGAAGCGCAGGACGGAGAGAUGCGCACUUAAUUAACUCCAUCUCUUUUCUUUCAGUCGUCCUGAAGCCCCCCUGUCCUCCGUCACAAUUCCCCCCCGGAGACGCUCCACGGGUCUUCUGUCGUCCUUUGGCGCCCGGACCGCGCGGAGGAAGUGGCUCGUGGUCUCUCUAGUGACCGCCGUCGCGAUGGUUCUGCUGGCUCUGGCCGUGGCUGUCCCGUUACUACUGCUCCGGUCCCCUGAGACCUCCGGUCAUUAUUACGAAAUGAUGGGCACCUGUCGGAUGGUCUGUGACCCGUAUACCCCCAAACCGGGAGGCGCCACCGCCAUGGAGGUCAUCCAGAACGUUAACGGUGUCAAUCCGCAGCCGCCGAUGGCGCAAGGGAGCCGUGGCGAGCCGGGGAGACCGGGUAAACCUGGAUCCAGGGGCCCGCCGGGAGAACCAGGACCUCCUGGUCCGAGGGGGCCACCGGGUGAGCGCGGUGGCGGCAAAACCACCUACCCCACCACAACCGGAGCUACCGGAGGGGAUAACGGUGAAUCAGACGGUGCCAACUCCACGGCCAACGGCUUCAGGAUCGCUUUUUACGUCGGCCUGAAGAACCCUCACGAGGGAUACGAGGUGUUAAAGUUUGACGACGUGAUUACAAACUUGGGCAACCACUACGACGCAAGCACCGGGAAGUUCACCUGCCAUGUGUCCGGGAUCUAUUUCUUCACCUACCAUGUGUUGAUGCGGGGAGGGGACGGGACGAGCAUGUGGGCCGACCUGUGCAAGAACGGACAGGUGAGGGCCAGCGCCAUCGCCCAGGACGCCGACCAGAACUACGACUACGCCAGCAACAGCGCCGUGCUGCACUUAGACUCUGGGGACGAGAUCUAUGUAAAGCUGGACGGCGGCAAAGCUCACGGAGGCAACAACAACAAGUACAGCACCUUCUCCGGCUUCAUCUUAUACCCCGAUUAAACAACGCGCAGAUCCAUGGACAGUAAUCAUCACUGAAAAACGGUUUCCAUUCGAGUGUAUGGUCCAAUAUGUCUCUCCUGUUUUGAAGAUAGGUGCUACGAUGCACAGGCUUACCCGCCACUGUGUGUUUGGUUAGUGAAAGACCUUUUGUAUAUGUAUUUGAUUUACGUUAAGUUCAGCUGCUGCACUGUCAUCAGACUAUAAUACCAUGGGAAAGCUAAUGGUCCGGGUGGUGAGAGCAUGCCAGCAAUUACAGACACAACAUCCCGUAAACAGAACCGAGCUGAGAAAGCGUGUUAUUUCUCAUGUUUCUUUGAUUUAAGGUGAACAUGUUUGUGGGGAAAUGAGGCCUGACUGGCUGUUUACAGUCUUAGAGGUUCUUACGAAGCACUGUGUGUGUUAUUGAUGUUUCAUAUAUUAGGCUGAAAUGGCAAAAUAAUUUAAUGGUGGUGUCAAAUGAAUGUUUGAGAGUAAACCUUAGCCAGCAGUGUGUGGUUUUGAGGCCCGGUCAUACCAGUAUUUAAAGGUGCACUAUGUAGUUUUGGAUUUUCAGAACAGAAAGAUCUUCAUUGACUCAUUUAUAACCAAACACACCAGAUAAACACACUGUCUUUGUUUUCAUGACUGAAUAAACUGAAUAAACAAACUCAACUUAAUAUAG